AUGCCCGAGUUCUCUCACCACAUAAGAGCAUCUUUUGAACCCAGUGAAACUAAAUUAUUGACAUCUACACCUACAAACAAAUUAUUGACUGACUCGCCGGUUUUGGCAACAGCAUUGUCACAGAUAUUUCCAUACAUUUUAUUAAUUGAUGGUGUGCUAGAAACAAUAACAUGGACAAAUGACGACCACUAUCGUAACUUUUUGAUAUUAACGGUGUACUCAUGUGUUGUUAUGUAUUGGAAUUUGGUUAGCCAUUUUGCACUUCCGUUGAUUUUGGCAUUGACAUUUGCAAGUGUAGUUUGGCUGAUUAGCUCAAUUGUUUAUGACUCCAAGUAUGAUGAGAAGCCAACAAUAGAAGAAGUGUUGUAUACAUUGCAUAAUAUCACAAUACGAUGUGAGAUGAUUUUCAGGCCAAUUAAAAAAUUCCCAUUUACAAUUCAAAAUUAUACAAGGUUAUUCGUUGCCACGAUAUUGUUGUCACCGGUGUAUUGGUUUUUGGUAAAGACAGUGAUACCACCUCAGAAGUUUUUGUGGUACUCGGGUUUAUUUGCCUUGACAUUUCAUAGUCCUCAUGCAUAUGCCAUUAGACAAUUGCUUUGGAGAUCAAUAUAUCUUAGGCUUCUAGUUGUUUAUAUUACUGGAUUGGAUGUGAAAGUAACGAAAAAGUAUGAUCCGAGUGAGUAUCAAGAAGUGUCGCGGGUACAAACACCAGCAACAAGUGACACUGAGGGUAAAAACAUUGCCAUUCCGACAUUAUCCAACUUUACAGUAUUGAAAAAGAAAAUGGUGUCACCAACUCAAUUGAAACAAACGGUCGUAUUUGAGAUUUUGGAGAAUGAAAGACGGUGGAUCGGGUUGGGUUGGUCAUCAUUGCUAUAUCCUAGCGAGAGGUCCAACUUUUGUUACGAAAAAACACUCCAACCAGCACCUCCUAUAACUAUUCAUAAGGAGAACUUCCCAUUCCCCAUUUUUGAAAACGACAUAUAUUCGUACCAAUGGGAAUGGGCCGAGGAUGACUGGAAGAUAGAUACCGAGUUCAACAAGGCUAAAUCAGCCGAUGGUUGGGUUUAUUAUGACUCCAAAUGGGAACAUCCUCGGUAUCGCGAUGGGUUCAGCAAGUUUACGAGGUCAAGGAAAUGGACUAGAACUGCAAUCUUGAUGAUUGACAAGCAGAACACUGUUUAUGAUGAGUAA